GGCGGCUGAUCCGCGGAGUAGAGUGGACCUCAUGUAGAAAUGACAGCAAUGGAAGGGGCCAGCGGGUCGAGUUUUGGAAUAGACACUAUUUUGUCCGGUGCUGGUUCCGGCAGCCCCAGCAUGAUGAACGGGGAUUUCCGAUCGCUCGGUGAAGCGAGGACAACGGAUUUUAGGAGCCAGGCCACCCCGUCACCCUGUUCGGAGAUUGAUACCGUGGGAACGGCGCCCUCUUCACCGAUCUCGGUCACCCUGGAACCCCCGGAGCCGCAUCUUGUGACAGACGGACCCCAGCAUCACCAUCACCUCCACCACAGCCAACAGCCGCCGCCACCAUCCGCGGUCCCCGCGCAAAGUUUGCAGCCUUCGCCCCAACAGCAACCGCCGCCGCAGCCGCAGUCAGCAGCCCAGCAGCUGGGCUCGGCCGCCGCGGCCCCCAGGACUUCCACCUCUUCCUUUUUAAUUAAGGACAUCUUGGGAGACAGCAAACCCCUGGCGGCUUGUGCACCCUACAGCACCAGCGUUUCUUCUCCUCAUCACACCCCGAAGCAGGAGAGCAACGCGGCACACGAAAGCUUCAGGCCAAAGCUGGAGCAGGAGGACGGCAAAACCAAGCUGGACAAGAGAGAAGACUCCCAGAGCGACAUCAAAUGUCACGGAACAAAGGAGGAAGGAGACCGGGAGAUUACAAGUAGCCGAGAGAGUCCCCCCGUGAGAGCCAAGAAACCUCGAAAGGCCAGGACAGCUUUCUCAGACCACCAGCUCAACCAGCUGGAGCGUAGCUUUGAGCGGCAGAAGUACCUAAGUGUCCAGGACCGAAUGGACCUGGCGGCCGCACUCAACCUCACUGACACCCAAGUCAAGACCUGGUACCAGAACCGAAGAACCAAGUGGAAGCGGCAGACUGCGGUGGGCCUGGAGCUGCUAGCCGAGGCCGGGAACUACUCCGCGCUGCAGAGGAUGUUUCCGUCGCCUUAUUUCUAUCACCCAAGCCUGCUGGGGAGCAUGGACAGCACCACGGCGGCGGCGGCGGCCGCGGCCAUGUACAGCAGCAUGUACCGAACUCCUCCAGCACCGCAUCCGCAGCUGCAACGGCCGCUGGUGCCCCGCGUGCUCAUCCACGGCCUGGGGCCUGGGGGACAGCCGGCCCUCAACCCUUUGUCCAACCCCAUCCCGGGCACCCCGCAUCCCCGGUGAGGAAGGAGGGACAGGAGGGACAGUGCCGCAGCCCUCCAGGUUCCCACCUCACCCCGGACAGCUGCCCCUCCUCUUCCCGCACCAAACCAACUGGAAUAGAGGCAGAGGAGUAAAAGGGGGAGCUCACCGGUGGGCUGGGGUUCCCAAGGACCAGCCAGCUCUCAGAUCUCCAUCUGCCCCCUCAGAGGCAGGGCCGCAAAGCUCCCCAAGUGUGACUGGAGAAAAUACUGAAAAGUGCAACCAGUAAGUGAAAACACCCAUCCACCCACACAUACACACACACACACAAAAACGAACCCUCGA